GCAUGAUUUAAUUUUUGAUCUACUUACUUUUUUUUAGUUGAAUUUCAUUGUUUCCAUGAAUUUUUAUUUCAAGCGUUUUGUGUCACUGCGAAAUCUCGCAAAACAUAUUAUUGGAACAAGAAGAAUGAUGGCAUCUCAGCCAAAACCUCAGAAAAUCACUUCAGAGUUAAAACCAUGGCCUUCAUAUAUUCAAGAACGUCUUCAGUUAUGGGAUAAAUUAUGGGCUGAAUAUGAAGCUGAUCUACAAUCUAAAGUUCCUGAGCCCAUUAAGAUUACUUUACCUGAUGGCAAAGUAGUUGAUGGAGAGUCGUGGAGAACUACACCAUAUCAAGUAGCUCAAGGAAUUAGCCAAGGUCUGGCUGAUAACACUGUUAUAGCCAAAGUAAAUGGAGAACUUUGGGACUUGGAUCGUCCUCUUGAAAAAGAUUGUAAUUUGCAGUUACUGAAAUUUGAUAGCGAAGAAGGUAAGCAGGUAUUUUGGCAUUCCAGUGCUCACAUGAUGGGUGAAGCUAUGGAGCGCAUUUAUGGAGGGUGCUUAUGUUAUGGUCCUCCAAUUGACACUGGUUUUUAUUAUGAUAUGUAUACUGAUGGUCUUGCAGUGUCUAAAAAUGAAUUUCCAGUCAUUGAAAAUGUUUGCAAAUCAAUUGCAAAAGAAAAACAACCGUUCCAACGAUUAGAAGUAUCUAAGGAUGUUUUAAUGGAGAUGUUUAAGUACAAUGAAUUCAAGCUUCGGAUUCUGAGAGAAAAAGUGAAGACUCCUAGCACUACAAUAUAUAGGUGUGGUCCUUUGAUAGAUUUAUGUAGAGGUCCCCAUGUCAGGCAUACUGGCAAAGUGAAAGCUCUUCAAGUUGUAAAAAAUUCUGCUACAUAUUGGGAAGGUAAAGCUGAUGCUGAAUCUCUUCAAAGAAUAUAUGGCAUUUCGUUCCCUGAUACCAAGCAAUUAAAAGAAUGGCAGAAAUUUCAAGAGGAAGCUGCUAAAAGAGAUCACAGAAAAAUUGGCAAAGAACAGGAAUUAUUUUUCUUUCAUGAAUUAAGUCCAGGAAGUUGUUUCUUUCAACCAAAAGGAGCUCAUAUUUAUAAUGAAUUGAUUUCUUUCAUUAAGUCAGAAUACUGGAAAAGAGGAUUUCAAGAAGUUGUAACGCCUAAUGUUUACAACAGUAAAUUAUGGGAAACUUCUGGGCAUUGGCAACAUUAUUCAGACAACAUGUUUUCAUUUGAAGUGGAAAAACAGACCUUUGCGCUAAAGCCUAUGAACUGCCCUGGGCAUUGCCUUAUCUUUGAUCAUCGUCCUCGUUCCUGGCGAGAACUUCCUUUGCGGUUAGCAGAUUUUGGUGUUUUGCAUCGAAAUGAGAUUUCUGGAGCACUUACAGGAUUAACAAGAGUCAGAAGGUUUCAACAAGAUGAUGCACAUAUAUUUUGCACUCAAGAACAGAUUUCUGCUGAAAUUAAUGGUGCAUUGGACUUCUUGAAACAUGUGUAUGGAGUGUUUGGUUUCACUUUCCAACUUAACUUAUCCACAAGACCUGAAAAUUUUCUGGGUGAGAUUGAGAUGUGGAAUAAUGCCGAAAAGCAAUUAGCUGACAGUUUAGAUGCUUUUGGUCAACCCUGGACAUUAAAUCCUGGUGAUGGUGCAUUUUAUGGUCCUAAGAUUGAUAUAACUAUCACUGAUGCUUUAAGAAGGCCACAUCAGUGUGCUACCAUCCAGCUUGAUUUCCAACUUCCUAUACGAUUUAAUCUUCAAUAUGAUAGUGUUUCUGGAGAAAAGAAGAGGCCUGUAAUUAUUCAUCGAGCUAUAUUAGGAUCAGUGGAACGUAUGAUAGCUAUUUUGACUGAGAGUUACGGUGGAAAAUGGCCUUUCUGGUUGUCACCUCGUCAGUCAAUUGUAGUUCCAGUUGGACCUAUGUUUGAAGAAUAUGCUCAGAAGGUGUGUCGUGAGAUUAGUAGCGCUGGUUUUAUUUGUGAUAUGGAUGUGGAUCAAGGUGAUACAAUGAAGAAAAAGAUUCGCAAUGCUCAGCUUGCUCAGUAUAACUUCAUUUUUGUUGUUGGGGAAAGGGAAAAGACCUCAAAUACUGUAAAUGUGCGCACAAGGGAUGAUAAUGCUGUGCGAGGAGAAUUCAGUAUUUCUGAUGUAAUUAGCAAAUUCCAAAUUCUAAAAGAGAAGCACAUUUCAGAUUCAGAUGAAAUUUUCCCAAAGUGUAGUGCCGAGGAAAAUGAAUAAUUCUAUUUCUUCUUAAGCUGCUAGAAAAUAUUUAUCUUUUUUUUUACUUGACAUGAACUAUUGCACUAACUUAUGUUAUGGAAACUGAAAUAAAGUCUAUAGGGCCUGAAUAUUUGUUUAUUGAAAUACUUUAAAAUUUUUCCUGGAUUAUCUCUCAUUACAACUUUUAAUGUUGAAUUAAUGCACACAUUAAAACAUAUAUAUUAUCUUUGUUCCGAAUUGUUAUUUCAAUCAAUAAAAUGUUUGUUAAAUAGUAUACAAAAAUAACAUAGAAAUAUAUUCUAUACUUUAUUUAGAAGUCAAGCUAAAUGAGAUACUUAUUAUUAUGUUGUAUUCUUGUAAUGCAAGAAUUUUAUAUUUUGUCAUACAAUCACUAAUUUAAAAUUUUCAUUGUAUAUUAUUUAUAUUAUUAUUCAUUUGAAAAUAUUCUAUUUUUAUAUUUCAAAUUGUUAGAAUAUAACGUAUAGAAUUAAAGAUCAACACUUGAACUUGUACAGAUUUAUCCUUGCUCAGCAUCUCUAUCAAAUGAACUAUUGGCAGUUCAUGUUCUCUAAAGUUGCAAACUUUUAAAUUCACACUAUUUUUGAAUAGUGUUAAAAUUAUUUGGCUGUUAUUGAAAAAUAAAGUUACAUCAUCAAAUAACUUUAAUUUUGUAAUAGCAAUAUUAUUUGACUACAAAAAACUUAUAAAAGUAAUAAAAAAGUUUAUUUGGAAA